GGCAAAGUGCUUCCUGACUGAGUGCCGUAGUUAUGUGUGAAAGAAAGUCAGGGACCGACUAGUUCUCAUCUGUUGAUCGCAGUUAACUUGAAGCCUCUGAGCGGGGGAGAGCUGUCAGAUCUGCUUUCAGAGAUAAGGCACUUCAAUCCAGGCAGCAACUGGAAACUUUGAAGAAGCAAGAUCUACUCUGAAAGGAAACUAUAAGAAAUGGAAUUUCUUUUUACUUUGAAAAGGAAAAAAAUCAAAACUUCAGUUACUCUUUUCAUCAGCUGAAUAUGCGCUUUCCUAACUAAGCUGGGACUCUGUAUAACAGAGGAUCUACUUUCUCUCACUGGAUCCAUGCUAUGUUUUACUACAGUAAGUGCAAUAUUAAUAGGAAUGUUAUAUUUUAUCUGUAAAUAGAGAGGAAAGCAUGAAACGGCAUCAGUGAAAUUUGAGGGGAGUAAAAAAAAUCCUCUUGGCAGAUAGUGAAAAACAGGGUUUUGCUGCAACCCGAGGACUGGAGUCUGUGGAAGAUCCAAGUGAUAUUUAACAUGACCAUCUGUAUCAUUUUGUCUCCAACAGCAUGUUCUUGAGGAAGAAGUGCAGAUAUGGAUCACGUAAGCUGCAGUUUCUCUUGUUGUUGUUGAUGCUGGGCUUUUUGCUACUGAUGGUUACAAUGCUGACUCCACCACCCAGCACCCAGAGCAAGGACGGGACUUUCCAGCCCGUGGAGUUCAGCCCCCGGGAAGGGUACCAGAUGGACUUUGCGGAGCCCCAGGAGAUGCUGGAGACCCCGGAGGAGAGCCAGCAGUACUACCCUUUGGACGGGCUAUCCCCUUUCAUCUCCCUGCGGGAGGACGAGCUGAUCGCCGCCGUCGUGUCGCCCGCCGGCAGGAGGAACCACAGCAAGGCCAGGAAGGGCUAUCGGGUGGUGCGGCAGCAGGGCCGGCGGCCGGGGGGCAAGGCAGAGGGGGACCCCGAGCCCCAGCUCCUGUCCCUGCCCCUGCAGCCUGGGGACGGGGCUGCGGCGGGGGGGCACCCGCCCGGCCUGGACACCCAUGGCUUUGACGAAGCGCUUAGCGAGCGGAUCUCUCUGCGCAGGGAGCUGCCUGAGGUACGACACCCGUUGUGCCUACAGCAAGAAUACGAUUCCAGUCUGCCUACUGCUAGUGUCAUCAUCUGUUUCCAUGACGAAGCCUGGUCUACUCUGCUGAGAACUGUGCACAGCAUUAUGGACACAGCCCCAAAGGCCUCCCUCAAGGAUAUCAUCCUAGUUGAUGAUCUCAGCCAGCAAGGGCCCCUGAAGUCAGCUCUGAGUGAAUACAUCUCUAAGCUGGAUGGUGUGAAACUCAUACGGAGCAACAAGAGGCUUGGAGUCAUCCGAGGUCGGAUGUUAGGAGCUGCACGGGCAACUGGAGAUGUGCUUAUCUUCAUGGAUUCACACUGCGAGUGUCAGAAGGGCUGGUUGGAACCCCUCCUAGCCAGGCUGUCCAGCAACCGAAACAGUGUCGUCUCCCCUGUCAUAGAUGUCAUAGACUGGAAGACUUUUCAGUACUAUCACUCUGUGGGCCUGCAUCGAGGUGUUUUUGAUUGGAAAUUAAAUUUCCAUUGGGAACCAGUGCCAGAGCAUGAAGAGAAGGUACGACAGUCUCCCAUCAGCCCUAUCAGGAGUCCUGUGGUAGCUGGUGCAGUGGUGGCCAUGGAUCGACAUUACUUCCAAAACACUGGAGCUUAUGAUUCUGACAUGACCAUAUGGGGAGCAGAAAAUCUGGAACUAUCUAUAAGGACCUGGCUCUGUGGUGGCACCGUAGAAAUUAUUCCAUGCUCCCGAGUUGGGCAUGUCUAUCGAAAUCACUUUCCCGAUGCUUUCUCCUAUGAAGAGGCCAUUGUGAGGAACAAAAUCCGAAUAGCAGAGACCUGGCUGGGCUCUUUUAAAGAGAAUUUCUACAAGCAGGACACAGUGGCUUUCUUAAUCAGCAAGGCAGAGAAGCCAGACUGCAGUGAGCGCCUUCAGCUACAGAAGAGGCUGGGCUGCAGAAAUUUCCAGUGGUUUGUAUCAAAUGUGUACCCUGAACUCUCCCAGCCUGAAGACGCACCAAGUUUCUCUGGCAAGCUUUACAAUACUGGUGUUGGCUUCUGUGCAGAUUACAGACCUGGCAGAGCCAUUGCAGAAGGGUCUAUCGAACUCUCCCCGUGCAGCGACAGUCUCACCCAGCACUUUGAAUAUAACAGCAUGAAGGAAAUCCGGCUUGGCUCUGCUCCACUGUUUUGCUUUGAUGUCAGACACGGGAAGGUUAUUCCUCAAAACUGUACAAAGGAGACGGACAACAGACAACAGCACUGGGAUGUGCAGGAGAAUGGAAUGAUUGUCCAUGUCCUUUCUGGCAAAUGCAUAGAAGCAGCCAAGAGCGACGAUGAGAAGGACUUGGUUUUGUGUGCAUGUAACGAGAAUGCAAAUCAGGUCUGGCAAUUUGAACGUUCCCAUGUGCUACGUCAGAGAUGACUGACAGGUCUCUGGAGUGUCAGUAAUGGAAACAUUCGUUCUGUUUGGGAUUUAAGAUACAUUUCCUGCAUGGACAACAAAGAUGUUUGUGUUUGCUGUAGCAUGCAGGGCUGGGCUCAAAUAGGUGCCACCAUUUCCUGGUUUAUUCAGCUCUAGCUAAAAUUUCUAUUUAAUCUGUGAAGCAGGGAAUAAAGAUACUGUGAGCAUCAACACAUUCUCAACUCUGCUAUCGCAGAAGACAGUUAAGUUUGCCCUUUGAAAGAAACAUGAAAAAAUGGCUGCCAGACAGCCUGUCUUUAGCAUAUUCUGUGACUUCUGAGGAUACAGCAAAACAAAUGUUUGUGAAACUUUUGAAACUGUAAGAGGCAGCCAGCCAAACCAGGAUAAGAUUUUAGCCUUGUUUUACGGUGCAGUCGACUCAUAUAAAACAAAGUAGGUUUUGUAUGCAUAAAGUAGAUGUUUUCACAGGUAAUAGCUAAAAUUUUGUUUUCUAACUAGCCUGAGUUAAAUUUCUACUCUCUGUGAGAUUGCACAGAGCAUAAAUUAGCACUUAAUUAGGCACUAACUGCUCCAAUUGACUUGGAAUACCAGCAGUCCUCAGCAUCUUCUUUAAACCCUUCAUCCACAGUCUAAUUUGGAUGGAAGAAUGAGACUGAAAUAUUAAUAACUCUUUUUUUUUUGGUUGGUUUUAAUGAAAUUUAAGAACAACUCUUCAGAAAACUUUUGUGGAAUAUGAAAGAUUGAACUAGAUUAGAAAGAAGGGUAACAACGUCCCCGUUUAUUUUCAAAUGGACUGUAUCAGUAGCAUCCAUUUGUUCUCAGAAAGCUAUGGGAUGAGCUUAUUGUUAUUCCUGAGAAAAAAGUGCUGGCUGAAAACAGCGAAUGAAGGGAAACAGCAGGUUUCAACAGUGACUACCUAGGAAGAAAAUACCAGUGCCUACUUCCAGUUGCUUGCAGCCUGCGUUAAGUCUUUCACACUGUGAGAGUGGGUAAGUCUUUCACACUGUCAGUUUUGGCCAAGAAGAUCUUUUAGAUUCUUGCUGUUGUGGGUCUCCAGGCUGAGCCUCAAAAGACAGCAGCAUACAAAAUUUUCUAAACAAACUUCUUCUGCAGAGCCUGCAUCCUUGCUGACCUCCUGUGUUUCAAAGAAGUGAAUGAGAGUUGUUAGGUAAAGAGAAUGGUCUCCUAACAGUACACACUAGCAAAACAGAUUUCUAUCAGUGUUUUGUUAGGGCACUUUCAAUUUUGGAGCUAAACCUAACAAUGAUGGCACUUUCCAAGAGCCUGCUAAGGCAGAAGAACAAAGAUUUGGGAGUCUUCCCACAUCAGCAUGACACCUGAUUUACAGUAUAAAUCAGUCAUAACCAUAUUUAUUAAAGGGGAAGGGCAUAAUUCAUGAAAAUUAACUUGGUUUUGAGAUUUUUUUCAAGAGACAGAAAGGUUGGUUUGUUGCUUUUUUUUAAAUGUACAGCACAUUGUUUGGACUUUAGAGAAAGGAAGAAAUAACAGAAUAUUCUGCCCAGAGCCUUCCAGUCACCUGCUCUUGAUAAGUCAUACGUUGGUUUCAAGCAUAUAAUAUUGGUUACAACAGAAGACGUGAACAGCAUCCUGUGUUGCGUUGUCCAAAACAUUUCCCCGUGGGCUUUGAGUGCCACAGAUUCCACACCAUGUUCAGACAUCACUCCAGUCACCCUAAUUGCUACUUACUCUUUCCUUGAUAGCAUCAGAAUUUAAUACCAUUUGCUGCUGUGUCAUUUAAAAUUUCUUGUGACAUUCUUAAAAAUGCUUCAACUUUCACCUGAAAGGAUGGUAGCAGCUUCUUCCAGAACACCAAGUGAUCCCUGAUCAUGGCCCAAAUCUAG